ACAUGACUCCCAAUGCGGAAUUCCGUUAGCAUACAUGAUAAGCCAAGGAUGCGUUUAUAAGAUCAUCAUGAUACAGCCUGAUACCCCUUCAUUUCAAACCUUUGAAUAGAGCGAUUGGGUGGGCGAUCACAGGCGAAGAUAGAUCUAGAUAGAUAUGGCGGCCAAUACACAAGAUAUCGUCAUGCUCGUCGGUGACUCCCUUACUCAACGUGGAUGGGAGCAAGGAGGCUUCGCACAGUUACUUGCAGAAAUGUACGUUCGGAAGCUCGAUGUUAUCAAUCGUGGCCUCGGGGGUUAUCAAACGGACUGGGCAAUUCCAAUUUGCGAGCAGAUCUUUGCUAAACAGCAUGAGCAACAUCACGUUCCGCAGGUCAAGCUACUCACAAUCUGGUACGGCGCCAAUGACGCUGCACCUGCUCCCAGCCUACGGCACGUCCCGAUAGACAGAUACAAAACUAAUUUGAGCCAUAUCAUUCAAAUGGUGAAAUCGCCAACUUCAGCAUACUAUUCCCCUGAGACCCGUAUAAUCUUGAUCACCCCACCGCCAGUAAAUACGAAGCAAUGGGACAAGCCUGACAGUCCACGUGUAUUCGAGACUACGAGGUCGUACGCGGAAGCUGUCAAGGAAGUAGGUAAGAAAGAGAAUGUGCCCGUCGCAGACGUCUGGACAAAGAUAUUCGAUGGUGCUGGUAGAAGUGAAGAAGCAUGCGAAAAAUACCUGAAAGAUGGGCUACAUCUAACCAGUGAUGGUUACAACAUCGUCUUCCAGGCCGUCAUGGACAUUGUGGAGCGCGUGUAUCCCGAAUUGGACCCUACUUGGGAAGCACAUGGAAAGAUGCAAACUGUGUUUGUACCGUGUGUCCUCUUUGGACUUGUUUUUGCUGCGUGACGCUGAUGCAUUUAUAUGCAGCUGGGACCAAGUGAAUGUACAGAAUCCAAGAUCAUCUCUGAUGAAACGGAAAGCGCAAUUUUAGUCCGGAAUAUCAAAUGACUACGUGAACGUAUC